CCACCAUUCCAAAGUCCACUUUUUUCAUUUUGUGCCCUCUUCUUCCUCUUCCUCCUCUUCUUCUUCUUCUUCUUCUCUCUCUCAGGCUGCCACCACAACCCCCGUUCUUCCACCACCACCACCACCAGACCCCUUUCUCAUAACGAAGCCAUCCACCAAACUCUCACCUUCUGAAGCUCAAACCGCAACCUACCGUCUCUACGGCCAACCGGACUCGGAACCAGAAGAGAAGCCUCUGUACCUCCCUACACUAGCCAUUCUUAUCCGGGUCUUAAUCUUUUCCUCAUCCAUCUCUUUCUUUGUACUACCGACCCCUAUAAUCGCAACCAGAUUGGAGGUCUCAGAACUCUAAUUGAUUACAAGUUUGUGGGCACCCCCCUCUCCUCAGCCUCAGUAAUCAGUAUGGUUGGUUGCACCCUGCUGAUAUUGGGCUUGUUGGCUUCCGCCGCUCUCCCCUUGUCUUCUUCAGAUCCGAACGACGAGGCCUGUCUCAUCAAUCUAAGCCAAUCUUUGGAAGACCCAACUAAUUCACUCCAUAACUGGACCAAAUCCAACCUUGCUAAUCCUUGCAAUGGCUUCAACUCUUACAUUCACGGCGCCACUUGCAACAGUGGCCGUAUUUACAAGCUUUCCCUCAACAAUCUCUCCCUCCGUGGCUCUAUUUCCCCCUUUCUUGCCAACUGCACCAAUUUACAAGCCCUCGACCUCUCCUCAAAUUUUCUCACUGGCCCCAUCCCUUCCGACCUCCAAUAUCUCGUCAAUCUCGCCGUCCUCAACCUCUCCGCCAAUCGUCUCACCGACCAGAUCCCUCAGGAGCUCGCAUUUUGUGCUUACUUGAACGUUAUCGAUCUCCACGACAAUUUGCUCACCGGUCAGAUUCCUCAGCGAUUGGGUCUUCUCGUCAGGCUCUCCACUUUCGACGUCUCUAAUAAUCAUCUCUCCGGACCAAUCCCCUCCACUCUGGCCAAUCGGAGUGGCAAUUUGCCCAAAUUUAAUGCCUCUUCCUUUUAUGGCAACAAGGAUCUCUACGGCUACCCUUUGGCGCCAAUGAAGAACAGGGGCCUCUCCGUCAUCGCCAUUGUUGGAAUCGGUUUAGGGAGUGGACUCGUCAGCUUGGUUCUCAGCUUCACCGCCGUUUGUAUAUGGCUGAAAAUUACCGAGCGGAAGAUGGUAGCUGAAGAAGGCAAAAUUAGUCAGCUCAUGCCUGAUUAUUGAUCUUAAUCACCCAUUUUAAAGCACAGAUUAAGGAGCUGUAAUUCUUCAUAAAUUUUCUGUUCAGGUAUAUACCACUUCCCCACUUUUCUCUCCCUUUUCCCGUCUGUUCUAAACCAGCUAUGAUGUAGUCCCCCUUUUCCCCCCUUUUUUAAUUGGGAGAUGCACUCUCGAUUCAUCAUCGGAGAGGAUAUUUUUUCUCUUUUUCAACGUUCUUUUCCCCCCUCCCACUUUUUUGGCCAUUUUCUUCACAAAACAAUCAACAAUGUAAAAAACUCAUUGAUUAAAAUUAAGAUGCGCUCCCAUUAUCUUCCUC